UUGAAACUGUGGGCCAUUGGAGAGGAAAGAACCGUACCGAAAGCGCUAGUAGGAAAGAAACCAUCUUGAAACUACAGAGCUGUGACCGAACCGAAAGGCGACAUCUGACUCGGAAUUUUGAUUGGCGAUGGCAACUUCCGAUCCCGACAGUUUGAUCGCUAAAGCAGAUAAGCUGACAACGCUCAGUUUGACAAGAUGGAACGCUGAUUGGAGGAAUGCUACAGCUUUGUACGAGCAAGCAGCAAAUGCAUAUAGGCUUGCGAAGAAACAUGAUAAAGCAAAAGAUGCUUUCGAGAAGGCUUCCAAAGGACAAGAAAUGCUCUCUUCGCCUUGGGAUGCUGCAAAACACAUGGAAUCAGCAGCAGCGCUGGCAAAGGAACUUGGCAACUGGAGUCAAGUGUCUGACUUCUCCAAGCAUGCAUCUGAGUUGUACAUUGAGUGUGGAAGGUCACAGGCAGCAUCGGAUGCCCUGGCAAAGGGUGCUCGUGCUUUAGAAGAGGCUUCGCCUGAUGAAGCUAUUAAGCUUUACACAGAUGCUUGUGCUGUUCUUGAAGAGGAUGGGAAGGAACAGAUGGCCUUUGAUCUAUAUCGUGCUGCUACAAGUAUUUACAUAAGGCUUGAGAAAUAUGCAGAUGCAGCAACGUUUCUUUCAAAAUUGGCUCUGGCGGCUGACAAGUGUGCUGCUACACAUACCCAGUGCAAGGCUUAUCUUGGCGCAAUUAUUGUAUAUCUUUAUGCACAUGACUUUCAUCUAGCAGAGAGAUUUCACAAUGAUUGCUGCCAAGUCGAAACUUACUUGAAUAGUGAUCAAAGCCAUGCUGCUAAUAAACUUCUUUCUGCCUAUGCUGAUGGUGAUGUUGAGGAAAUCAAACGAGUAGCUCAAUCGGGUAUCAUCAAUAAUCUUGAGCACAUGAUCAUCAAGCUUGCAAGGAAAUUGCCUACCGGCGAUGUCACGGCAUUCGAGAGGGGCGCAUCGUCAGCCCAGGAAGAACAGUUCGAUGAGGAUAAUCUUACCUGAUCUCCAAUCAAGCAGAAGACCUUUUAGUGAGUUAAGUUUGCUCCAAUCAUGGCAUCUUUUCAAUUUUCAAUAUCUUUUGAGUUUGUAUUGUUCUCACUGUAUGAUGAUGAUAUCUUGCACAUAUAUUUAGUUCCACUGAUUAAGACUCAAGGGGAUACACGUUGUGAUAAAAAUACCAUUGUGUCAUAUCUCAAAUUUAUUCCACACCUGUGGUGGUACGCUAGUGCAAGUAUUUUUCUU